AUGGCGGGGGAUAUUGUGGUGGGGAUUCUCUAUAACUUAGUAUUACCUCUUCUUCUGCUUGCAGGAAAAACAGGGAAGUUCCUGCUGCUCAUCUGUUCUACCAGCGUGACGUUUCUGGCUCUCCAGUGUUUCAUGCAGAUCACUUUUGCCUACGUACCUCAGAAUGAGAACGAAUAUUGGGAAAAUGUUCUCUACCAUUUGGGCAUUGUACGGUUCAGUUUGGUGGAUGCAGGGAACACUUUGCGUCUCUUAGCCCCUGAUCUGGGGCUCUUCCUGUCUGGGCUCUUCAUACUCUGCCUGGUCAAGAAGCUGCUGUGCCCCGCGCCACAACUUAAUGUCCACGAGAACUGCAUCAAACCCUCUGACCCUGAGGAUGUGGAGAUGUCCGACUCAGAGUCUGAAGUCGAAAGUGAUGUCACAGAUGGCUCGUCCUGUGACAGCUCAGAUGAAAUCACAGCGGCGCCGGUAACCCCUCCUCAGUUUGUCCAGAAGUUCAUUGCAUUUGCCCUUGGACUGCGCCUCUUGCUGUCCGCCAUCAUGAACACAGCAGGGAAAGUAGUGGUCACCAUACUACUGGGGCUGGCAGGCAUCGCCCUACCCUCCCUGACUUCGGCAGUGUAUUUCGGGACAUUCCUGGGCCUGGUGUGGUGGUGGGUGUUUCUCCGCUCCCUCAGCCUGCUGUUUUUCAGUACCCUCUGCGUGAUGAUGGCUAUAUUCAGCGCUGGUCACCUGCUGUGCCUCUACCUGUACCAGCUUCCCCUGGCCCAACAGAUCGUACCCCCACAGGACAUCUACGCCAGGCUGUUUGGUAUGACAGCGUUCAUCCGGACCAAUGAGACUGAGCCAUACAGUCUGGGUCUGCAGGCAGAUGUCAGCUGGCCUGUCUUCAUCAACCCCAUGGUGCUGCUGCUCCUCUAUUACACAAUGGUGGCUUUGCUGCACAAGUGGGUCUACAUCCCUGAAGAAGAGGAUACUCUGGUGAAGUCUGAGAGUCCAGUAGAAAUCCCAGAGGAUCCCCCCAGCUUCUCCAAGAUCUUAUUCAUCUCAGGAGACAGAUUGGAGCUACUGACCAGUACGGAUGAGGAAACUUACAUGCCAGAUGAGGAGGUGCAGGAGGGGAGGAGUGAGGUGUCUAUGAGGGAGGGGAUGAGUGAGGUGUCUAUGAGGGAGGGAAUGAGUGAGGUGUCUAUGAGCGAGGAAGAGAAUGGCCCCAGUGGACUGGCUGUGUUUGGCCUGUUCAUCAUGAAGCACAGCUACAUCAGCGCACUCAUCAUCAUGAUGGUGUGGAGCAUCACCUAUAACAGCUGGCUGACGUUCGCCCUGCUGGUGUGGUCGUGUGUGAUCUGGAUGAUGCGUGACCGUCGGCGCUACGCCAUGAUGAGCGCUCCCUUCCUGGCGGUGUACGGCACCUUGCUGUUGCUGCUCGCCUUCCUGAGCGGCCUGAGGCUGCGGCGGGAUGAGCUGUACCCUGGCCUGCCACAUGCCAUGCUGGUGGACUUUGACAUGGCCAUCUACCCAGCACCCUGCAUCCACCUGGGAGGCAAGGUGUUGUACACCUUCAGCUUUUGGCUGCUGUUCAGGCAACAACAGAAGGAGAAACAGAAAGAGCAGGAUCUCAAGGAGUCUGACGAGUCUCUGGAAGAAGUGAAAGUACUCCCAUCGGAUGAAGAUGAAACCUCUCCCAUAAUGGAGAUGCUGGGUUCAGCGGUCAAAGGAAACCUGGUGAAGUACUGGAUCCUGUUCUGCUGCUCCAUGUUCUUUGUGGUCAGCUUCUCCGGGAAGGUGAUGGUCUACAAGAUCCUCUACAUCGUGCUGUUCCUCUUCUGUGUCGUCCUCUACCAGAUCCGUUGUGACGUGUGGAGGCGAGUGCUGAAGUACUUCUGGGCGGUGGUGGUGGGCUACUCCAUGGUGGUCCUGAUUGCCAUCUACAUGUACCAGUUCAAGACUGUCUCUGGCCUGUUCAGACAGAUCAUGGGCAUGUCUGAGGAAGGUCUGCGUGAUCUCGGGUUGGAGCAAUAUGAUACUGUGGAGCUGUUUGCUCGUAUCCUCCUCCCUGCAGCCUUCCUAUUGGCCUGCAUCCUGCAGCUACACUACUUCAACCAGGACUUCCUGGAUCUCACCAACCUGGAUAACGUACCUGUCCACCACGGACCAACCAGAGAGGAGGAGCUGAGGAACUCCGUCAAUGUGAUAGCUGACAUGAUGGCGAAGGAGCAGAGCGAGCAGAUGAGUGGGGAGUCGGAACGUGUGGGGAGUCAGGACACGUUGGAGAAUGAUGGACUGUCUGCCUCAUCAGAGAAACCCGAGGAGGAGCAGGGGGGAACAGUUCCCCCAGAGGAGCGUCUGACCCAGUGGGGGUUGAUUGUGGACCGGGCCAGCCUGCUGCUGUUCCAGGCUCUGGCUCUCUUCCAGCGGGCUCAGGAGAUGGGCUGGAGACUGCUGGAGGUUCACAGCCUCAAGAUUGUUUCCACUGGCAUCAUCUGGGUGUCCCUACAAGAGGUGUCCCUGAUGAACUUCAUGUUCCUGGUUCUGUGGACCUUCGCCCUGCCCUUUCCCCGGCUCCGCCCCAUCGCCUCCAGUGUGUCCUCGGUCUGGGCCUGUGUCAUGGUGGUGUGUAAGAUGCUGUACCAGCUCAAGGUCAUCAAACCUCUGGAGUACUCCUCCAACUGCACCGCUGUGAGUUCACUUACCACUAGCAUGCGAAACACUGAGCUGAGGAGGUCUGUGCUGUAUGUGAAGCCUGUUGACCCAGCCAUAUGGUGUGGAGCCCUGCGCAAGUGUGAAGACAGGAUCCUGCCCUGUCUCAGCAACCACCUGACGGUGCUGGGGCUGCUGGUGUUUGAGGUGACGGUCUCUCGACACCAGCUCUACUACCGCCUUCACAACAACCUCAAGGUCCCCACCUUCAGCAUUAUCUUCCAGGGCAUCACACGCCAGCACCUGGACCAUGGCAUCCUGCCCUGCAUCAAGUACUUCGUCAACUACUUCUUCUACAAGUUUGGCCUGGAGGUGUGCUUUGUGGUGGCGGUGAAUGUGAUUGGCCAGCGGAUGGAUUUCUACUCGCUGCUGCACGCCUGUGCUCUGAUGGCCGUUCUGUCACGACGACGCAGGAAGGCCAUGGGGGAGGUGUGGCCUAAGUACUGUUGCUUCACUGCAGGACUCAUGGUGCUGCAGUACCUGCUCUGUAUCGGCAUCCCUCCCGCUCUCUGUGUCGAUUAUCCAUGGAGGACUUCCAGUCAGGCUUUGACCUCCAACCUCAUCAAGUGGCUUUACCUGCCUGACUUUGCCAUGCGUCCCUCCCCUUCCUUCAUCUUCUACGACCACCUCCUGCUGCUGUGCUCCACGCUGCAGUGGCAGGUGUUUGAGGAGGAGAACCGGGCUGCCGUGCGCCUCAUGGCAGGGGAGAACGUGGAGAUCAGCCGCAGCCUGGACCCGCGUUCCUUCAACCAGUACAUUCCCGUCAACAACUUCCUCCAAUGCAGGUCCUACCUGGACAUCGCCAAAGUGUUUGUUUUCAGCUACUUCUUCUGGCUAGUGCUGUGCCUCAUCUUCAUCACGGGCACCACCCGCAUCAACAUCUUCUGCCUAGGCUACCUGGUAGCCUGCUUCUACUUCAUGCUGUUUGGAGGAAGCCUGCUAAUGAAGCCCGUACGAUACAUCCUCAGGCUCUGGGACUGCCUCAUCGGAUACACUUGCUUCGUCAUUGGCAUGAAGAACCUGCUAUCGCUUGGCUCGUGUGCUUAUCUGGACAGCCUGUUGAAGAAUGGCUGCUGGCUCAUUCAGGCCUUCAGCAUGGUCUGUACAGUCAAAGGCUAUGAUGUCUCUGCUCCUGAUGAUGAGUGUGAGCUGCCGGAGGGGGAGGCGGGCAUUGUGUGGGAUGCGAUCUGCUUCACCGUGCUCUUGGCUCAGAGAAGGGUUUUCCUCAGCUACUACUUCCUGUAUGUGGUGUCUGACCUCAGGGCAUCCAAGAUCCUGGCCUCCAGGGGUGCUGAGCUCUUUGAAGCCAAGGUGAAGAAACUGGUUGCUGCCAGACUGGAGAUGGAGAGGAAGUCUGUGGCGACGCUGAAGAAACAGAUGGAGAAGAUCAAAUCCAAACAUAAGAGUAAGCCUGGCCAGGGAGACGCAGCAAUGCCCCCUGCUGAUAUAGUGCCAAAGGUUGAGAACAACUGUGGCUACCAUCUUUUUGAGAGUGACAGUGAAGAGGAAGAGGAGGAAGUCCAGGAAAAGAAAGAGGAAGAGGCUCCACUAAAGAAGAAAUCUUCUUUUCAGAUAGCCUAUGAGGCAUGGGCCACAAGCUCCAAAGCAGCCCUGGAUUUGCACAAAAAAGAAGAAAACAAGAUGAAAAAUGAGGAGAAGAGGAGGGCAAAGAGAGAGCUGCAAAGACAGCAAGGCAUUGAGAGAGCCGAGUCUCACGAGUUGGACGAGUCGGAGGUGGAAGAGAGCGAUGAAGAGGAGGAGAAAGAUAACCUAUUUCAGAGGAUCAUCUACUCACUCAAGUUUCUAUGGGUGUUUAUCCUGUCCCUUUUGGAUGACCUCACUGAGGGCCUUAACUCUUUCUGCAAAGAUAACCAGGACAUCACCAAAGUGCUACGCUUUGAGAGGGCUCUUCUAGGCCAGCAACAGAAAAAGGGGAAAGAAGUGUCACAGGAGAGCGUGACGCGCUUCUAUGAGAACUGGAUGUCUAGGCAGAGCACUCUGGCCUCGCUGGAAGACCAAGAUGACAUAGUUCUCCCCAUCUCCUCACCACCACCUGUACCCUCAUCACCGCGAGGUUACUCAAAGCUGAAACACACCCAUUCCAAAAUCUCCUGGGGUAGCAGCUUGUCCAGCUGCGUGACGGACGAGACCCUGCUGGGGUCUCGACAGCCCACUCUGGAUGAGCUGGAUGACCCUCCUCUACUCCAGCCAACCGCCGAGCAACUCAGACGGAAACUACUGAAAACUGCCAACCUGGACCUUGACUUACUGUAUAUAUUGUUUCAUAUUUACUCACUCUCUAUACACCUCUAUAAACUCUUCUAUCUUAAUAGUGUCUUUGACUCCAUCUUAUUACUUUCUAUAAUUACAUUUUUCAGCAGCCAUGAUGAUACUGUUCCUGAUAAGGAGGGCCGUGAAGGAGAGGAUGCAUUUAAAAAGGAGGGGGAGUCUACAGCGGGGGAGGAGUAUAGAAUGGAGAAGGAGGAAUGGAGGGAGGAAGAAGAGGAAGAGAGGGAAAAAGCUGUGAUGUUUUCGGGAUUUAUCUCCUUGGACUAUCUGGAGUGUGAUGAGAAGUGCGACGAUUUCCCAGACUCCCCCCGGCCUCUGAGUGAGACCAGGAACCUCACGGCUAGUGAGCUGCUGCUCAACAACAUGUUUGAUGACGAUGAAAUUGAAGAGUCUGAUAAGUUUUUCCAGUCUCUCCCGAGGCACCUGAGACUGGUGUUUGCCCUGUACAACACCAUGGUGUCGAAGUCAGAGAUGCUGUGCUACUUUGUGAUCAUCCUGAACCACAUGGUGUCUGCCUCCCUGCUCAGCCUGAUCCUGCCUAUCCUCAUCUUCCUCUGGGCCAUGCUCUCUGUGCCUCGCCCAACCAAGCGCUUCUGGAUGACUGCCAUCAUCUACACAGAGCUGAUUGUGGUGGUCAAGUAUUUUUUCCAGUUUGGCUUUUUCCCCUGGACCACCUCGGUCUACCGAGGCAUCAAUGCAGACCGGCCCUUUGCUCUGCCCAACAUCAUUGGGGUAGAGAAGAAAUAUGGCUAUGUUCUCUUUGACUUGAUACAAAUGCUGGCUCUGUUCUUCCAUCGCUCCAUUCUGAAGUGCCACGGUCUUUGGGAUAACAAAGAGGUGGAGAUGCCAGACUUCUUCAAGAAGUUAAAGAAGAAGACGGAGAAGAUUAAGAUGAGUGGAGGAGAAAAAAAAGGGGACGAGCCGAAGCGAAGACUGCCCUGCCUCCCUCUCCAGGCCUCGACUGCGUCCUUGUUUUGCAGAUGUGGAAAAGCCAACUCCACUGAGACAAACGGUGAUAUGCGGCUCACAAAGCGCCACUCCAAGAAGAAGAGGCACCACAAUAAAGUUCCCCUGACCAGGAAGGAGAGCAUCAAAAAGCUGAUUAGAGAAAGGAUGCUGGAGGCUAAAGCUUCUAUCAUUGAAGUUGCCCUGCAUAUAUACCUACCCAUCAGGCAGUUCUUCUAUGACAUAAUUCACCCAGAGUGCAGCCCAGUGUGUGACGUCUACGCUCUCAUGUUUCUGAUUGACGUGGUCAACUUCAUUGUCAUCAUAUUUGGAUACUGGGCGUUUGGGAAACACAGUGCUGGUGCUGACAUCACAGAUGCUCUUGGGGAGGACCAGGUCCCAUCGGCCUUCCUGGUCAUGCUGCUCAUCCAGUUUGGCACCAUGAUAGUGGACCGCGCUCUGUACCUCCGCAAAACCCUAAUGGGAAAAUGUGUCUUCCAAGUGGUGCUGGUGUUUGGUAUCCACUUUUGGAUGUUUUUCAUACUCCCUGGGGUGACUGAGAGGAGGUUCAACAUGAACCAGGUGGCACAGUUGUGGUACUUUGUGAAGUGCAUCUACUUUGGCCUCUCCGCCUACCAGAUCAAGUGUGGCUACCCAAAUUGUGUGCUUGGAAACUUCCUGACCAAGAACUACAACUACCUCAACCUAUUCCUUUUUCAAGGGUUUCGACUGGUUCCGUUCCUCAUAGAGCUGCGUGCCGUGAUGGACUGGGUCUGGACCGACACCACCCUCAGCCUGGGCAGCUGGAUCUGUGUCGAGGACAUUUAUGCCAACAUCUUCAUACUCAAGUGCUGGAGGGAGUCGGAGAAGAAAUACCCACACAUCCCAGGGCAGAAGAAGAAAAUGGUGGUGAAGUAUGGAAUGGGUGGCUUCAUCAUAUUCUUCCUCAUCAGUGUCAUCUGGUUCCCCCUCCUCUUCAUGUCAUUGGUCAAGUCAGUGGCUGGAGUGACCAAUCAGCCUCUAGAUGUCUCUAUUCAGCUCAGCAUCGCAGGAUAUGAGCCAAUGUUCACAAUGAGCGCCCAGGAGCAGAACCUGGUGCCAUACUCAGUUGCAGGCCUCAACCGGCUCAACAACCUCUAUGCCACUCACCCAUCAGCUAUGCAGUUCCUUGGGAACUAUAUGGCCGAGGACAUUGUCAUUGCAAAGAUCAAGAGUGAUGCCAGUCUGCUGUGGAGCAUCAGCCCUGCCAGCCGUGACGCUAUGAUCCAUGAACUCAGCAACUCCACCCAUAUCUACAUCACCCUGCGAUGGGUACUACUCAGGAAUGCGUCUCUGUCGAUGAACGUGGAGACCAUGGGGGAACACACUGUGAAGUAUGAGGACCGGACCCUGAGGGAUCAGAUAGUUCAGAUGCUCAAAGGGACACGCAGUGACUCUGUGAUCAUUGAGUCUCUCCUGCCCAAGUUCCUCAGAGGUUCCGGAGGACCUGUGUCCAAUAUGGCCACCCGUCUGAAAGUAGAACACUCGGAUCGGCCUGAGGACCUGCAGACUUUUGCCUUCUUCUUGCCCCUGUCCAUCAAACUACAGCGCGCAGAAGACAACGGAAGUGCAGAGGGGGGUCAGUGGUGGAUAGUGCAGGAAUGCACUCCUGGACAGGGGCACAUCCAGAGCAGCUGCCACAAGAUUGAGAUAGUGGUGUUCAACGACAAAGUCAGUCCCCCCAGCCUGGAUGCUCUUGCGGGACAGGGAAUCGUGGGCCUGUACAUGUCUGUGGUGCUGGUCGUCGGGAAGUUUGUCAGGGAAUUCUUCAAUGGGAUAUCCCGCUCAAUUAUGUUUGAGGAGCUGCCGUGUGUGGAUCGGGUGUUGAAGCUCUGCACGGACAUCUUUGUUGUGCGAGAGACUGGCGAGAUGGAGCUGGAGGAAACACUGUUUGAGAAGCUCAUCUUCCUGUAUCGCUCACCGGAGACCAUGAUCAAGAUUACCAGAGAGAAGAGCGACUAGAGAGCAUGAUGACAUUUGUUAUGAAGAGGACGAUUUGGCUUUUGGUUCUUAUCUGGGGUGUAUUCAUCAUGCCUAUUUUGCAACAGAAACCGUUCACUCAAAAGUUUUGUAACAAACUAGUUUCUAUUGGACAAAUUCAGGUAGGUCCCUCCCUGUUUCGUUUAAGAACCAAACAGCUUCCAUUGCAAGAUGUAAUGAAUACACCCCUGGAGUUGCACUUUUGAUUGUACUCCUGCACAAUGCAUGCAAUUUUCAGUGACUUAUGAUUUUACAAUGGAAGACCAUAGGCCAAUUAGAAGUGUUCCAAAUGUUAAACAAUUUAAUUUAAGUUUAGUUGCAACAUCAUAGAUGUUUUGUAUAAAGCUGAUAGAAAUACAUUAUGUAGAACAGACCUGCUUCUCUCUCAACAUUCUGUAACUUUACACACUGAACACGACCCCGUUUCAUUCCACUGAAAAGCUAAUCUAAAAGUAUUCAUUCUCAUUUCACACUGUAGUUCAUGUACAGUAUUUAAUUCAAUGAAUAAAAUAUUUGAACUACAAGGCCAA